UUUGAAACGAGAUCGGCCGUCGGUUGCCCUGACCCAUUUUCUUGUUUUUGUUUGAAGGAAUCGUGGGGAAAGUGGGUUUAAAUGCCACUUCGUGUCAUGCGGGGACAGUGAGGCGACUGCGUGGGACUUCAGUGGAAACACGCGCCUGAGAGCAGUCUUUAGGGGAGACAUUUGACGUCUUCUGAGGCACCAAAGCAAACCUCCGGCACGAACAUGAAGCCUGACCUUCCCUAUGAAAAGUUGCCGGACGUCGGGCUCAGGCGUUCCAACUCGGACCGCAAAGCUCAAACGUUCUCCUGCUGCCUGGUGGCACUGGCCGCCGUCGCCUCUUUGCUGCUCGCCGCCACGGCGCUCUACAACCUGCUGACACCCGCCGCCAUGCCCGACAUCGGCGGUGACCUGCGACUGGAUCUGAAGGAGUCCUGCUCGGACCCCUGCGAGAUCUCCCUGGUGGAGAGCAUCCCCGAAGGCGUGAACUUCAACUCCAGCGAGCCGUCUCACGGUUCCACCUACGGGGCGUGGCUGCGACUGAUUGGCCAGGCCCGCGGCAGCGUAGACAUCGCCUCCUUCUAUUGGACGCUCACCAACCAAGACACGGGCACCCACGAGCCCACCGCAGACCAGGGCGAGAACGUCCUGAAGAACCUGGUCGAGCUGUCGAAAUCCUUGUCGGUCCGCAUCGCCGUCAGCGCGCCGGAGGAGGGUCGCCCCAGCGAAGACCUCAGACGUCUCAACGCUUCAGGAGCCGCCAUCAGGCAGGUGAAGAUGAGUGCGCUGACCUCGGGGGUGCUACACACCAAAUUCUGGGUGGUGGACAGCAAGCACAUUUACCUCGGCAGCGCCAACAUGGACUGGAGAUCCCUCACACAGGUGAAGGAGUUGGGCGUGGUGGUGUACAACUGCAGCUGCCUGGCCGCAGAUCUGGCCAAGAUCUUCGAGGAGUACUGGUUCCUGGGGGACAGCCAGUCCAUCCCGUCUCCGUGGCCCUCCAGCUUCUCGACCCUCUACAACAAGGAGACGCCACUCCGGCUGAGGCUCAACAACACGCCGGCCGACGUCUACUUGACCAGUUCUCCUCCGUCCCUUUGUCCUGCCGGCAGGACAUCGGACCUGGAGUCCAUCCUAAACGUGAUGGAGGAGGCCCAGAGUUUCAUCUACAUCGCCGUCAUGAACUACUUGCCCACCAUGGAGUUCUCUCAUCCGAGAAGGUACUGGGCAGACAUUGACACCCAGCUGCGCCGCGUGGCUUACGAGAAACGCGUCCAAGUGCGCCUGCUGAUCAGCUGCUGGUCCAGUACAGCUCCCGCCAUGUUCCCCUUUCUGAAGUCAUUGGCGUCGGUCUACGAGCCAAAGAGCAGGCUGGACAUCCAGGUGCGCCUCUUCGUGGUUCCGGCCAGCGCCGAGCAGAAGCAGAUCCCCUUUGCCAGGGUCAACCACAACAAGUACAUGGUGACAGACCAGGUCGCCUAUAUUGGCACGUCCAACUGGUCCGGAGAUUACUUCGUGAACACGGCGGGCUCCGCCCUGGUGGUCAACCAGACGGCGUCCUCGUCCCCGGAGCCCAGCGUCCAAUCGCAGCUGAGGGGCGUGUUCGAGAGAGACUGGAACUCCGCCUACAGCUUCCCCCUCACGCAGCGCGCAGACGUCAACGACGUCUGUUAAGCAACCUUUUCCAAAGGACGGCCCCUCCGUUUGAAGAUUUUCAGCGCCAGGAACGACAAAUGCUCUAAUCUGAUCGAUCAAUCCAUUUUUGAACAUUUUCAAGACUUGACACGUCGCCACGAUAAAACCGUUAUGACAAAUUCAGUCGUAGUUCAUCUCAGGGACAAUUAUGAUGGUUCUUUUUGCGUUCUCAAGUCUGCCGAGUGUAAAUAAAUGAAUCGCAUUUUAAGAUCAUUAAAAGGCACUGAUUGCAUUCGUCAGGCGAUCCCGUCGGUAUAGUCGCAGUUGUCACGGCAACGGACAAACAAAGUGCACAGACGCAGCAGUUAAACUACUCGGAAUAAAAGUUCUUUUCAGA